AUGUCUGGUGCUGACGCCCCCGAUAUUCUUGCAGCAUACGAUGCUGUCCGUUCAGAUAAGGACGAAACGAAUUGGCUCAUAAUCUCCUACGCCUCAGCCGUAGGAGACAAACUAAAGCUCAGCGAGACUGGGACAGGAGGUCUCUCCGAAUUAGCAGACAAACUGGACCCAACACAAGCGCAAUAUGCAUACUCACGAGUGGAAUAUGCCAAUGAUACGGAAAGCAAGCGUGUGAAGUUCGUGCUCAUAGUAUGGAUUGGAGAAUCUACGAAGGUCAUGAGAAAAGCACGAGUUAGUAUUGAGAGUGGGGCUGUCAAAAAGGUUUUGGGACACCAUAGCAUCCAGGUUGAUGCGAGAGACAAGUCGGAUUUAGACGAGAAGGAUAUCGUUGUCAGGUUGAGGAAAGCUGGCGGAGCUGAUUAUAACGGUGGGAGAGGUUAG